UUCUCCUGCAAGUGUCAAACUCUGUUUGCACAAGUGAUGAUGAGUAAGAAACAGCCCUGCCUCAAAGUUAAUUUAUAAAUGGCUAUGCCUGGACAGCAAUUCAGUUAAUUAAUUAACCACUCUAACGAUAAAAAAUUAAAUACGGAAAGUUCCUGUGUCUUUGCGCCAUUUCUCUACUUCAGUACUUUAAUCGUAGAGUUGUUAUAAAACUAAAAAGUGCAGUGUAAGUAUAAGAAAUUGAGGAAACAUUUACAACGAGACUAAAUAAUCAUUAAUAAUCAACAUGGACAGCAAAGGGCGUAAAGUUAUCGUUUGCGACAAUGGAACUGGGUUUGUUAAGUGCGGUUAUGGAGGGUCACAUUUUCCUGAGCAUAUUUUUCCAUCCAUGGUUGGUCGUCCGAUAAUUCGUGCUGCCAACAAAAUUGGAGACGUGGAAAUUAAGCAAGAGGACCAUGAUAUCGCAGACUUAAUGAUUGGCGACGAUGCCAGCAAAUUACGGUCAAUGCUUGAAGUGAACUAUCCCAUGGAGAAUGGUAUUGUGAGAAAUUGGGAGGACAUGCUUCAUCUGUGGGAUUAUACUUUUGGACCAGAAAAGAUGAAUAUUGAUCCUACGGAAUGCAAAAUUAUGUUAACGGAGCCUCCAAUGAACCCAACAAAGAACAGGGAAAAAAUGAUUGAGGUGAUGUUUGAACGCUACCAAUUUGCAGGAGCUUACAUUGCCAUUCAGGCUGUUUUAACACUUUAUGCUCAAGGACUCUUGACUGGAGUAGUCGUUGAUUCAGGCGAUGGAGUGACCCACAUUUGCCCUGUAUAUGAUGGAUUUGCAUUGUCCCAUUUAACUCGUCGACUAGAUAUCGCUGGACGAGAUAUUACACGAUAUCUCAUUAAAUUAUUGUUGCUGCGAGGAUAUGCAUUUAACCAUUCCGCAGACUUUGAAACUGUUCGCAUGAUGAAAGAAAAAUUGUGCUACAUAGGAUACAACUUGGAGACUGAGCAGAAGUUAGCUCUCGAGACCACAGUUCUGGUGGAGACAUACACCUUACCUGAUGGCAGAAUCAUUAAAGUUGGUGGGGAACGUUUCGAGGCACCGGAAGCACUAUUUCAACCGCAUUUAAUAAAUGUGGAAGGACAAGGAAUUGCGGAACUAGUGUUUAGUACUAUUCAACAAGCGGAUAUUGACAUCCGCCCAGAGUUGUACAAGCAUAUUGUCUUGUCUGGGGGUUCAACAAUGUAUCCAGGUCUUCCUAGUCGCCUUGAACGAGAGAUUAAGCAACUUUAUUUGGAGCGUGUACUGAAAGGAGAAACUGACAAACUUUCGAAAUUUAAAAUCAAGAUUGAAGACCCUCCCAGAAGGAAGGACAUGGUCUUCAUUGGAGGGGCUGUACUUGCCAAUGUAAUGAAAGACAAAGACGAUUUCUGGAUGUCCCGUGAAGAAUAUUUGGAGAAAGGAGUGAAAGUACUCGAAAAAUUGGGUGUUCGUGCCGGUUAAUUUGCAUAUGUGACGUUAUAUGCAAUUUUAUAUUAAUAAUUACACAAUUAUUAUUUAUUAAACUAGCAUAUUGUUAAGAAUGAUAUGAUUCUUGUAAUACUAAUUUUGAUAAUUACUUUCUGGAUUUAAUUUCCUCACAAACAAUGAAACAAAACCCCAAUUAUGUUAAAAUAGGCUGACCUUACUUUCUGACAUUUUGUUUAAUGUAAAAGUAUUCCACAUAUACCUAAUUACAAGUAUUACUGAUAAUUAUUUUCCUGUAUUUUUUUUUGUAUUUCACAAUCAUCAAAUCCCAGUCUCCUCGUGUAUGCAGUGAAGUUUUUAAUCACUUAAUUUUAAUUUGUGCUUGUGCUGUAAUCAUAUAUCCCAAAGCUAUCGCGACAUUUAUUAUUCUUUAGCAUUAUCAUCCACAUCCAAAUACCGGUUAAUUUUAGUUACGUAAUAGUUUAAGCAUGAAUGUGUAUUAUUUGGAAUCAAGCAGAUAUCAGUAAUUUCUGCAAUAAAGUGGCAUUCCAUUUCAAACUAA